AUGUGCCACACCAGCUGCUCCACCGGCUGCCAGCCGGCCUGCUGUGUGCCCAGCCCCUGCCAGGCGGCCUGCUGUGUGCCCAGCCCCUGCCAGGCAGCCUGCUGUGUGCCCAGAUCCUGCCAGACAUCCUACUGUGUGCCCAGCCCCUGCCAGGUGGCCUGCUGUGUGCCCGUGGGCUGCAAGCCCGUUGUGUGCGUGGGCCCCUCCUGCCAGUCCUCCGGGUGCUGCCGGCCCUCCUGCCCCACCCUGGUCCUCAGGCCUGCUGCCUGCGGCACCCCUAGCUGCUGCUAG